CAUAACCUUCAAAAUCGAUGGAAACCGCGUCCAUAGUUAAUAAUCUUCCAUUUUGUCUUUCUUGCAAAAUAAACUAUAUUGUCUUGUGUUUUCAAAUUAAAAUUGCAUAAGUAAUAAUUAUUAAAUGAGACAUUUUAAAGUGUUUUCCUAAAUUUUGUUAUAACACUGUUCUAAGUUGUUUAAAUAUUAAUUACAAGUUUGCUCUAACCAAACAGAAAGUUAUUAAUUAGUGAAAAUGGUACGCGGUGCUGGCCGUGGCGGACGUGGUAUGCCAGGAAGAGGUGGAAUGGGUCGUCCACCGUUCAACAGACCCCGGGUGUUAAUGCUGAGGCCACCCUUCGACUUGAUUUUAGCUGAGCCGGCGUUUCCAAGAUGCAAACCAGCACCGGAUGAUUCGGCUCUAACACAAGCCCUCCUCAAGAGGCAUGCGGAGCUGUGCCCAACCCCCGCCGAGCAGUCGGCUGUGCUGAGUCUCGUCACAAAACUACAGACCGUACUUGACAACUUGGUGGUAGCACCCGGGGACUUUGCAGCAUGCCAAUUGGAAGAAGUGCGACAAGUUGGUUCAUACAAAAAGGGCACAAUGAUGGCGGGCAAGAAUGUGGCCGACAUUGUGGUCAUAAUGAAGACUUUACCCACCAAAGAGGCUGUGGAGGGUCUCUCCAAUAAGGUCAACGAGGAGCUGAACAAGCUGAUGCGAGCGGAGGGCGCCGGGUCGGUGAGCUGCGGCUGCCACGAGCGCGGCUUCACGGUCACGUCGUCCGGCGCCGCCAGCGCCGCCGUGCGUGUUCUCGUCACCACGCUGCACCAGAACCUCAGGAAACUGGAGCCGGAGGUACAUUUGGACUACAAGGUGAUCAGCAGUCACCUGGCGGCGAUACGUCACAGCCGUUGGUUCGAGGAGAAUGCGCAUCACUCCUCUAUCAAGGUGUUAAUUCGGCUGCUCCGCGACAUGUGCGCGCGUCACUCCGGACUCGAACCCCUGACCCCGUGGAUGAUCGACCUACUCGCGCACCACUGCAUCAUGAACAACCCCGCGCGGCAAGCGCUGCCCAUCAAUGUUGCAUUCAGGCGCGCGCUGUCGCUGGUGGCGGGCGGGCUGUUCCUGCCGGGCUGCGCCGGCCUGCCCGACCCCUGCGAGGCCGCGCACGCGCGCGCGCACACCGCGCUCGACCUCGCCGCGCAGGACGCCGCCGCCGCCACCGCGCAGACGCUUCUUCGCGUGGUGGCGCGCGGCGGGCAUCGAUACGUGCUGGGUCUGCAGGCCUUCGAAGGCGGAAAGGACAUCUCCACGGAGAUCACUGUAUGGGACGGGGUCGUGGUCUCGCCUCUAGCGCCCGCCUACCAAGAGACGCCCGAGCCUAUGGACACAGAUGACAAAGACGACGAGGGCGUACAAGACGGGGUGGCGGCUUAGAUAAGGAUACUGAUUUAAGUGAACUAAAUAAGACAAUUAUAUAAUAAAUUUAUAAUUUACUACCA